AUGUACCUCUUAGCACUCCGCGCCUUCGCGUCAGACACUUCCAUUCUGAUUCGAAAACGAUUUGCGAUUCUUGGGAGCUUCCUUAGGCUCCAAAUAAAAUGGAAGCUUCUGUCUAUGGGCCAUAUCGAGGCGGGUACGGUCGAUCCACGAACGCAUUCUGAGCGGUGCCUAGCAGACACUGCCCAGAGGUAUGCUUACCGGCCUCUUCGGGAUGGUGACCAAGAGAUUCGUCUUAUCAAGCUGCUUCCCGGAAACCCGGCAGAUGCCCUACGUAUCGAGAUUGUACAUGCACUCCUGGAGAAAGCCCCUAUUUAUGAAGCUCUUUCAUAUGUGUGGGGCUGCCCUCAGCCAUCAUACAGAAUAGACUGUCAUCAGAGGAAGUUAGAGAUUUCAAGAAACUUGUAUGUUGCACUGGUUUAUCUUCGGAAGCGCUUUCACCGACGGACUCUGUGGGUGGACGCUGUGUGCAUCAAUCAAGAGGAUGGUAAAGAGCGGGAACGGCAGGUCAGGCUCAUGGGUGACAUAUACAGCUCAGCCAAUAGGGUGCUGAUCUGGCUCGGAGAAGAAGACGCCGCCAGUGACAAAACGGUCGACUCGAUGACGAUGAUAUCGGGAAAGUUGGCGAAGCUGCUGGGCCGACAUUCUGGAUUAGUACUUCGCCAUGACGGACACCCCUACGAGGAAGAAUCGCGAGCGAUCCUCGAGUUCUUCGAUCGCCCAUAG